AACAAAGCGGUCGUGCAAGUUUAUUGUUUCUGUUUGUGUUUUGCUCAAAAGAAAAUGUUGAAAAACUUUAUUAAUCGUUGGCAAACGUGAAAGAAGUGCAUGUGAAUAGAAAAGGGAUCACAUGAAGUAUCCCAUGCCAUAGAAAAAGUGCCUUUUUCUGCCUUAGACAUUAAGUUAUGACAAAGAAUUGUGAUAUAACCUAAAAAUCUUGGUUGAAUUUUGUUUAUGUGUUGCUAUUUUGUGAGAUUUUGGCGCAAGAAAUGAACGAUCCGGGAGUGAGUGUGUUUCAGGGUAAUCCUAGUAUCCAAGUGGCCAAUAAUUCCGUGGAUGAAGUGGAAGAAGAGGAAGAUCGCAAGCGUCGACAUGGUGAGUUGCAGGAAGCUCUUGAAAACUUGGUUGGUGAGGACAGUGCUGAGGAGUCUGAGCUGUAUGACCCUCCCUAUGGGCGGGAAGCUGUCCGAGGGGAUUGGAUGAUGCAGCACGAUGCCCAGGGUAGACAUUUUAAAUCAUCAGAUACUGAGGAAGUGGCACAGUUGCGGAGACUCUUGGAAAUUGCCUCUCAGGAAAACUUUCAGUUGAAAACUUCCCUGGGCACCGAGCUGAAAGCUCGAGAUGAACAGAUUGGCAAGCUGGAGAAGCAUUUGGCCAUUGCCAGUGCUGAAAAGGAACGUGCCAAUAUGACACGCGCUCAGACAAAUGAUCUGCUGGUAGAGAGCAAAACAAAGUGCUCAGAAUUGAACUCCACAGUUGCCAGGCUCCAAUUCAGUGUGCAGGAAUUGCAGAAACAGAACUCCGACAUGCUAGUGGAGAUUGAAAAUACCAACAGGCUCCUGAGAGAUUCAGAGAUGCAGCUAAAGAUGGCAGAAAAUAAUGCAAGGCAGAGGAAGGAGCAACUCCGGGAGACAGAAAGGAAGAAUGCAGAGGUGGAUUUGCUGCAGGAGCAAGUAAAUGGAUUGCUAAAGAAGGUAGAGGAUCGGGAUAUGCAGCUGAAAACCCUUGAGAAGAAAUACCGGGAUUUGGAGAGGAGUCGAGAAGCUCUACUUGUAGACAAAACUGAUACAAUUAAUGACCUUAUGCGAAGCCUGGGCGACACCCAGGAGCAGUGCAAUGAACUACUGAGUCGUCCAGAUCUCAGUCACGAAAAUUACCAGCUCCGGCAGAAAGUACUGGCACUGGAGAAGCAAGCUGAGGAGAUGCAAAAGCGUAUCAAUGUGCUGACAAGUCAACUCGAAGCCACAAAGAGGGAUCUCAAUCUCAUGGAGACAAUGGAUACCAAGUUCCUGGACACCGACGGGAAACUUCCGAGUAGCACACCAAUGUCAGGAGAAGCAAAGUACCUGAAUGUCCGGGAAGAGCUCUAUCGUGCCCUGGCGGGUCUUAAGGAGAAGCGCGAAGAAAUACGGAAGCUCCAAGAGGAGAUUCGGACGAAAAACAGCGAAAUUGAAUCCCUCAGACAAUCAAACAAUGAUUCCCUGAUAAAAAUUGCAGAGACUGAGAAGGAAAUCAUGAAACUUACCCAGAAAGUUCGUCUCCACGAGAGUGAAGAGACACCCUCAGGAAUUACCCAGGAUCUCCUUAGAGAAUCUCAGAUGGAGAUCGAGAAGCUGAAGAAUGAAUAUUGCUCACUGUCUUCGGCUAAGAAUGAACUCAUGAGGGAGAUUAAUGAAUUGAAAUCCCAGGAUUUUGUUAAGCAACUGGAACGUCUUCAGAGUGAAUGUGAAUCUCUGACCGAGAACCUCAAAGCCUCAGUGGAAGCUGUCAAGGAGAAGGAUAAGAUUAUAGAGAGGCAGAAAUGGGAUCAUGAGAAGGAGAUGGCCAAGUUGAAGGAAAAGUUUGAAAAAGAGAAACUUGAGAGUAUCACGAGACGUCGAUCAUUUAGGAAUGAUUCUGACGAUUGUAGCAAUUGUCUUAAUCAAUUGGCUGAUGUCACGCGGCAGGAAAUUCAAAAUAUUCAGCUGCAGAAAGACUGUGCAAAUUACCUGCGUGAAAUCAAUCAUCUGAAGGCUGAGCUGAAGGAAUCUGCAGACAUGAUAAAUGAUUUGCAUGCGCGAUUGGGGCUCAAAGAAGAGCAAAAUCGGGUGAUUGCUGAUUUGAAGGAGCAGGCGGCGAAAUUUGGGGAAUUUAUAAAAAAUUGCAGUGCCUCAUCGACGCCUCAGAAGGUGGAUUCGCGCGACGCCAGUGUAUCCACGUCGCCGGAUAUGGAGGGAUUCAGCAAUCCGGCGCUGUAUGAUCAGUAUGCGAAGGUGUAUGCUGAGGAGAUUAAGAAGCUGCAGAUGGAGUAUGCUGAGAAGGAGAGUCGUGCUGAAGAGGCAAUAAAAAAACUCUCAGCCUACCGGGAUGAGAUGCAGAAGGAAUUUGAGGAGAAGAUUAAUAUGUUUAAGGUGGUGAUCCUGUCGGAACGGAAGGAGUACGAGAGGUUGAUCAGUGAGAAGGAAUUUGAGAGAUCGAGAUCCGUAGAGGAACAUAACAAAAUUGUAAACAAGUACAAGCAGGAUUUCAAUGGAUUGAGGAAGCAAAUUGAGGAACUGCAGGAGAUGGUGAGGGAGCUUAGGAAGCAGAAUGAAACAGAGAAAAAUGCCAUGAUGGAUCUCAUGACUGAAUGGAAUACUGAGAAGGAGAGUGUUAAGCUGCGGGAAAUUAAAAUGCAGAGGCUCAUUGAUGACACGGUCAAAAAGUACGAAUCAGCUAAAGAGAAAGCAGAGAACUACAAGAAGUACGCUGAGCAACAGGAUGCUCAUAUGCAGAAGGAAUACAACAGGAUCCGUGAUUCCUAUGAAAAGUCCAAAAUUGUAUUGGAAGAAAGAAUAGAAAAAUUGAGGAGUGAUUAUGAGAAAAUUACGCAAGAAAAAAUUGAUAAAAUUCAAAAGGAAUAUGCGAGAAAAUUGGACAUGCUAAAAAAAUAAGAAGGAUACGACUCUUAGUAGAAUUUUGGAUUAUUAGUUCUAAUUUCUAACACAAAUCCAAUCGCGAAUAGAGUAAAUAACACGAGAUUUUGUAUGAAUUAGGUCAAUUAAUCAUUUCUAGGCACAAAUAUGUAUAUAAGUGUGAUAAGACCGGGGGAAUGAAGAAAGAGAAAAAUCAUCAUCAAAAGGGUCAAAUUUGAAAUGUUUUGUGGAUGUGCUGACAAGUGCAGAAUUUAUAAAUUAUGUAUUUAUUACUCUGGCGUGGCAAUUAAUUAUCAACUCUCUGUGAGACAGGAUUAAAAGAGGCAAGAGCCAAGAAAAUCGUACGAUCAACUGCAAAUGCUUUGUUGUAAUCAACUCUGGAAAUACGGUGAAUAAUUGCUAUUUAUUUACAAAAGCUCUGAGGCUCUCUCAUUCUCUCGCUUGUAGCUCUGCCUUAUCAGGGAGCCAAGUGUUUUGUGUGGUGCACACAAAUACAGACAUUUGCCUGACCGAUAGAGUGACGGUCCGUUUGUGCCUGGAGAGACCACCAGUAGCUGACCAGACAACUUCGCUUUUCCACUCCAGGCGCUGGUCAGUUGAACAUUUUCCGUUGACGAGGAAAGAAGCAUUUGAGACGAGAGAUAGUCUGUUCAAAAUCAAGUGAUUGCGUCUUUUCAAUUGAAGGAGAGAGAGAGAGUGAAAAACAGCAAUUCAUAAGUGACGACUUAAAAUCUGGACAAAUCGUGCAAAAUAAGACUUUUUUCCAGAAAAAAAUAAGGAAAAACAAGAAAACUUAUCAAGUUGAAAAAUUGAAAAACAAGGGAAAUAUUUACGGACAUUUUUUUUGGGGGAAUCAGAAGAUGAAUUUAUCGUUUGCUGGCUGUGGCUUUCUGGGAAUUUAUCAUGUUGGUGUGGCCAUUUGUUUCAAACAAUAUGCUCCUCAUCUGCUCCUGGACAAAAUCAGUGGUGCUUCUGCUGGUUCUCUAGCUGCCGUUGGAUUAAUAUGUGACCUGCCGCUGGGUAAGUUCCAUCUUAUUUUCAUCAAAUUCAUUGGCAAUCUUGAGAAAAAUAUAAUGCAAAAAAAAAUCCGUAUGUCUGAGGUCAGCGUUUGGAAAAAAGAGUCUGAGAAAGCAAUUGACUCAGUAUCAUUGUUCGAUAGCGCAAAAUGUUGUGCUUCUAUUCUGUCUGCACAUUUUAUGGCUCUAUCGCGAUGAAACAGUCCAAAUUCCAAAGGUACCACAAAUGUAAUUUUUUCGAGAUUUCAGCUUUAUAUUUUUUUCUGACACAUUCUCGCGAUUUUCCCUUUUUUUUCAUCAAGUUUAGAUUUGAAGAAAAAAUUGCGUAAAGAGUUGUGCAGAAUUGUCUACUCUGUGUAAACUUUUAGCUGAGAUUCUUUACAAUCUCAGUUUUAGGUUUAAUAAUGUUCAGAAAAACUUCCCAGGUUACGUAACUGUAGCAUUUUUUCUUGCCUGUCAGUAUUUUUGGAAAAUUAGAAAAAAUAAAUCUUGUUAGGUGAAAAGGAUAUUGUAUAUUUUGAAUGCUUAAAAAUAGUGAAAUAUUAUUGGAAAA